ACCUUAUUUUUUUUUUGCGAGCACCUGAUGGAUUUGAAACAAGCGCGCUUGCAUUAGCCGACCUUGAACCUUCGUGCGCAUGCGUGAAUUUUUUCCCGCCUGCCAAUAGCGUCAGUCACUGAAACGCAGCGUUUGAGUGAGGUCGUGCGCAGUGCUCUCGUCGGUUUUUCAUUGCAAGGAAAAUGACGGAGCCACUGGAGCAGCGCUACUGCAUCAAAUUUUGCCAGAAACUGUACGACAGCCAAGUGGAAACCAUUGGGAAGAUCAAGACGGCUUUCGAUGACGACGCUAUGAGCCGCACACAGAUUAAGGAGUGGUACAACCGGUUUAAAGACGGCCGCACAUCGGUGGAGAGCGAGCCACGCUCCGGUCGGCCAUCAGCAUGCCGAAAUGACCAGGUCAUUGCCGAAGUGAACGCUGUGGUGAUGCAGGACCGUCGUGUGACUAUCCGGGAAAUUGCGGAAGAGGCGGGCAUCAGCACUUUCUCUGCACAUUCCAUUAUGACCGAAGAUUUGGCCAUGAAGAGAGUUGCGGCGAAAUUCGUGCCGAAACUGCUCACGGUGGAGCAAAAGCAACUUCGUGUUCAAGUCUCACAGGACAUGCUGGAUUUCACAAGCAGUGACCCUAACUUCAUGAACACCAUUAUCACUGGUGACGAGUCUUGGGUGUACGGGUACGACCCGGAAACCAAAUCCCAGUCGUCACAGUGGAAGCAUUCCACGUCACCAAGACCAAAGAAGGCCCGCCAAGUGCGAAGCAACGUCAAAGUGAUGCUGAGUGCUUUCUUUGACUCCCGCGGUGUGGUACACCACGAGUACGCACCACAGGGUCAAACAAUCACCAAAGAGUACUACAGGGAUGUCCUCCGUCGCCUACGUGAUGCUGUGCGGCGCAAGAGACCUGAGUUGUGGUCAACAGGAAACUGGCGCAUCCAUCACGACAAUGCUCCUGCACAUUCCUCACACUUGGUUCAGACUUUUUUGGCGAAAAGUCAAGACUCCUGUAGUUCAGCAGGCUCCUUACUCUCCUGAUAUGGCCCCCUGCGACUUCUGGCUGUUUCCCAAACUCAAGAGGACAUUGAAAGGAGAGCCAUUUCAGACAAGGGAGGACAUUAUGGCUGCAACGACAGCUGAGCUAAACUCCAUUCCGAAAGAGGCCUUCUCAGAUUGCUUGCAACAAUGGCAGCACCGCUGGGAGAAGUGUGUGGAGUCCCAAGGGGACUACUUUGAGGGGGAUUAGGUUUCCAACGCUCCAAUUAUGGCAGUUUUUUUUCUUC